AUGUCCAUCCAAGUUGAGCAUCCUGCUGGUGGUUACAAGAAACUGUAUGAAACUGUGGAGGAACUCUCCUCGCCAGUCGCAGCUCAUGUGACAGGCAGGAUCCCCUUCUGGCUCACAGGCAGCCUCCUCCGAUGCGGGCCAGGACUCUUUGAAGUUGGAUCUGAGCCAUUUUACCACCUGUUUGAUGGGCAAGCCCUCCUGCACAAGUUUGACUUUAAAGAAGGACAUGUCACAUACCACAGAAGGUUCAUCCGCACUGAUGCUUACGUUCGGGCAAUGACUGAGAAAAGGAUCGUCAUAACAGAAUUUGGCACCUGUGCUUUCCCAGAUCCCUGCAAGAACAUAUUUUCCAGGUUUUUUUCUUACUUUCGAGGAGUAGAGAUUACUGACAAUGCCCUUGUUAAUAUCUACCCCGUGGGGGAAGAUUACUAUGCCUGCACAGAGACCAACUUCAUCACAAAGAUUAAUCCUGAGACCUUGGAGACAAUUGAGCAGGUUGAUCUUUGCAACUAUGUCUCCGUCAAUGGAGCCACAGCUCACCCCCACAUUGAAAGUGAUGGCACUGUUUACAACAUUGGUAACUGCUUCGGGAAAAAUUUUUCAAUUGCCUACAAUAUUGUGAAGAUCCCUCCAUUACAAGCAGACAAGGAAGAUCCAAUAAGCAAGUCAGAGGUCGUUGUACAAUUCCCCUGCAGUGAACGAUUCAAGCCAUCUUACGUCCAUAGUUUUGGCUUGACUCCCAACUACAUUGUUUUUGUGGAGACACCAGUCAAAAUUAACCUGUUCAAGUUCCUCUCUUCAUGGAGUCUUUGGGGAGCCAACUACAUGGAUUGUUUUGAGUCCAAUGAAACCAUGGGUGUUUGGCUUCACGUCGCUGACAAAAAAAGAAGAAAGUAUCUCAAUAAUAAAUACAGGACCUCCCCUUUUAACCUUUUCCACCACAUCAAUACCUAUGAAGACAAUGAGUUUCUGAUUGUGGAUCUCUGUUGCUGGAAAGGGUUUGAAUUUGUUUAUAAUUACUUAUACUUAGCCAAUUUACGUGAGAACUGGGAAGAGGUGAAGAAAAAUGCCAGCAAGGCUCCCCAGCCUGAAGUUAGAAGAUAUGUACUUCCUUUGAAUAUUAACAAGGCUGACACAGGCAAGAAUUUAGUCACACUCCCCAACACCACUGCCACUGCAAUUCUGUGCAGUGACGAGACCAUCUGGCUGGAACCUGAGGUUCUCUUUGCAGGGCCUCGCCAAGCGUUUGAGUUUCCUCAAAUCAAUUACCAGAAGUAUGGUGGGAAACCUUAUACUUACACAUAUGGACUUGGCUUGAACCACUUUGUUCCAGACAGGCUUUGUAAGUUGAAUGUCAAAACUAAAGAAACUUGGGUAUGGCAAGAGCCUGAUUCCUAUCCGUCAGAACCCAUCUUUGUUUCUCACCCAGAUGCCUUGGAGGAAGAUGAUGGUGUAGUUCUGAGUGUGGUGGUGAGCCCUGGAACAGGACAAAAGCCCGCUUAUCUCCUGAUUCUGAAUGCCAAGGACUUGAGUGAAGUUGCCAGGGCUGAAGUGGAGAUUAACAUCCCUGUCACCUUUCAUGGACUGUUCAAAAAAUCCUAA